CCCAAAUAACGCAAAGACAGUUGUACAAAUUUAGAUGAAGAAAACUCUAAAACUAAGUCUAUAGUUAAAUAAUUGAUAGAUACCAAUUACAUAUACCUACCAUUAACGGUCAUGUCCGUUGCGGCUCCCAACUCCAAGGAGCAAUUGCUUGUACAAAUUGCCUCUUAUAACACAGCCCUUCAAGGCUCGUCAGGUCUUCCUCAAGAUCUCGUUGACUGGCUUUCUCCAACUCUUCAAGUUUCCUCGUUUCUCUCACAUUCGCCUCGAGGCCCAGACAUUGUAGUUGUUGGUUUUCAGGAGCUGCUGCCGUUACAUUUAGGGCUCUCUGGUGCUUCCAAAUUUGUCAUCGACCAACGAAGCUCCCAUAUCCUUUCCCAGAUAGAAGAGCAUUCUCCGGAAAAGGCAAAGUAUUCGCUCUUGGCCAAGGUUGUCAAUGUCGGCAUUGCGCUCCUGGUAUAUGCGCGAGAUGAAGGAAUCGCACGGAAAGUUUGUGAUGUACAAACGAACUGGACAGGUUGUGGUCCAGGAUUCAUGGGGAACAAAGGCGCUGUCGGCGUCAGAUUUCGUGUUUCUGACGUUUUUGACGACGUAGAACGACAAGGGGAGACGUAUACCUUCGUCUGUGCACAUCUAACAGCCCAUCAACAGAAACUGCAGCACAGAAUUGCAGACUUUCAUCACAUCGUUGGUACUCUUCUAUUUCCUGCCCUUCCCUUCAGCGAGGACAAGUCACCUACCACGAUCUACUCAACUUCACAUCUAUUCUUUCUUGGAGACCUCAAUUUCAGGAUAGACUUGCCCAAAUCCCAUCCAAUGUUCGAGAACGCUUGGGCACAUGUUUCGGAGGCUUUAAAAGAGUCCGAGGCUAGGGAGACCCUCAAAGAAUUCGACCAGCUUCUGUUGGAACGUCGAAAGCAUUCCAUAUUUGUAGGCUUUCGGGAAGGUGAAUUUUGGCAAUUCAAAUGCACGUACAAGCAUCGUCUGGGUGAUGUGGAUCAAUACGAUACGAAGCGUGUACCAGCAUGGACAGACAGAAUCAUGUACACUACCUACUCUGAUGCUCCUGGCAGUUUGGAAGCAUCUCAUAUUCGGAAUUUACUGUAUACUUAUAUUCCCUCCUACACCAUAUCAGAUCAUAAACCCAUUGUCUCUUUACUUCUACUACCCUAUGUACCACCAUCCAACAUAUCAACCACAGGGAGUUCUCGCCCAAUACCUACCAUCGCAUUACCAGAAUUCUAUACUCCCAAACCCGACCCACUCGCGACAUUAAAACGAUAUACAGGUCGUACCUUGGACAGAAUAGUGGGAGUUUGUUGGUGGUUGUUAGCCCUUCUCGGUGCUGGAUCUACUGUUGUCGGAGUUUUCAACUUCAUUGUCGGAGCGACUGCGUAUAGGUGGUGGAAGGCAUCAAGGUCUGCUGCCAUAUAAGAUGAAAAUGGCUCCUUGGUCGGAGUUCAUUCUACAAAUAUACCCGACUUUAGGUACAUACUGUACUAUUAUUUUUUGUGGAACCUUGUUGAACGUUUUCAAUAUAAUACUGUGAAUGGCUGUAUAGUAUA